CCGGCGUUCGCCCCUUAGAAGUCGAGCGCGUAAUGUUGGCAAUCACUUUCAACGAUGGAAUCCAUCAUCUUCUCUUCUACGAUUCAGUUCCAACGAGAGUCUCGGACGGAGGACUCGAAUGGCGCAACUAGUUCACCAACCCACUGAUCUGAACGGCCCAGCAUACUUCCCGCCGGCAGGAGUGGAGCCAAGACUUGACGGACGCUCCGAUGGGAGCAUCUACAGUUACACAUUACUCCCGGUCCUCGGGAUCCUCGCGACCACGUUCAUGGGCCUGAGAAUCUACACCAAAGCACGGAUAGCGCGAAGUUUCAACGUGCCCGAUUGUCUGCUCCUUCUCAAUUACCCACUGUUCAUCACGACGUUGGUUGUCGGUGGCCUGGUCAUCAAGUAUGGCGCUGGGACGCAUCAGUGGAAUGUGCUACUCCGUGAUUAUAUCACCAUGUACUACUGGGUCAACACCGCCGAGGCGCUGUGGAAUGUAUCCACAUGUUUGGUCAAAGUCUCGAUUGUGCUCCAGUACCUGGAAAUGCUUGCGCCUAAUCGGACAGUCAACCCUGGCAUGUGGUGGAGUAGUUGGAUCCUGAUCUUCGUCCUGGUCGGAUUCUAUACUGGGGGGCUCUUUUCGGUUCUUUUUAUAUGCACUCCGAGGUCCAGCAUUUGGAAUGUGUUGGAGAAGGGCAAAUGCAAUAACGAAGCACGUCUUGUGCUCAUCACUGCGCUUUUCAACAUUGUCACUGAUGCUGUCAUUCUGCUGCUCCCAGUGAGGAGUGUAUGGAGAAUGCGCAUUGAGCGGAAAAAGAAGAGCGCCAUUGUUUUUCUAUUUUGUACCGGUCUCUCUGCUUGCGCAGCGGCCUUUGUACGCAUCUACUACAUGGCGAUCCUCUCCAGCGAAGGCGAUGACCCAGAUUUAACUUACUACGUCAUUUGGGUUGGCAUGUGGUCCUGUAUCGAAAUCCUGCUGGGUAUCAUGAUCGCAUGCAGUCUGACCUUACCCAAGUUUUUCCGCCACCACAACAUCCACAUUACCUCGUUUCUUGCCAAGUUCUCGCGCCCCUCGGCGUCCUUCAAGUUCUCGUUCAUUAAAAGCCAUAGCAGCGCGGACACGGCGGAACCCGAGCCCGAACCGAAACAGAAGGAGAGGAAGAAGUUCAACCUCACGUUUAACCAGGGAAGGGAUUUGGGUUCGGAUUUUCGCGCAAGCAAGAUUGUACCGGGAGAUGGGGAUGUGGAAAUGGGCAAUGUGGGGUCUGGCCGGGGAGUCGUAGAUUCUACCUCGCUAUCGGAAUCUUUUCCCCCACGGCAUAGAACAGCGCGAGAGCCGGCUGCCAUGUCCGAAGGGAACGACCCAGAUGCCAUCACGCGGUCUGAUGACUGGAUGGACGCGCAAUUUGAGACUGGGGGCCAUUUUCUCGAAGCUAGUUCGACAAAAACGUCAGCAGCAACUUCAACGACAAGGUUAGCUGGAUGA